AAGAAACUGUCGAUCGCUACACGGCAUUGCGUACCACAGCCAAGGACGAUCUGCACGAGACUCUUCUUCAUAAUGGCAUCUUCUAUCGUCACAGUAUCCAUGCUCGCCAUGGCCAUGGCACAGACAACAACGCUGCAGAUUCCUUUCUAUGGUUACGACAACUUCCCAAUCGACGCCUCUGUCAUCGCUGUCCAGGACUCGGUCACAACACUCACACUAGCUUGCCCUUCGAAUGCGGACGAGUGUGGUCUCUUCCCACAGCAGACUCUGACCUACGGGCCAUCGACUUAUCGAAUGGAUACGGGAGAUGGUGAUGCCUUCACAGGCUUCCAGGUCUGCGAGGCCAGUGUAUGCACCGAGAGUGCGGGUGGGAGCGAGGCGAAUUUUCCCGGUAGUAGUAUGACUACUUAUGAUGGUGUGGAGACUAUGCCGGUCACCGUCACGGGAGGUGUUUCCUUGCUGACUGGAGGCGCCGGAAGUGCUACUGCUACGCCGUCGCCCAGUACGGGAGCGACUGCCAGUGAGACUAUGGCAAGCGUUACGCAGUUGAGUGGGACUGCGAUGAGUAGCAGUGAGACGGGCAACGCGAGCCAGACCCAGAGUGCUGCGGCCCUGACUUCGAGCGGUGCAGCCUCUCGCUCAAACACAAUGCUCAGUGGAAGCUUGAUUGGAGGAAUGAUGGGCUUGCUAGGUCUUCUUUGUUAGAUCAGGAAUUUCAUUGCAGUUUUGAUUGCCCGCGGAACGAGCGUCAUCCACAACAUCUUUUGGUCUAUCGUCCUGCAGUCAUCGCAAUGCACGGCUCGAAUCAUGUGGUUCCAACCACCCCAGAGUUUUCUGAUACUUCGAUCCCCAGAGUUUAGAAUCUCAUUCAAAGAACGAGCGAAUGCCGGUUCGACGACAUUGAAAUUCGUCCGCGAUUUGACGUUCUCCGAAUUCACUUACUCCAUAUCAUGGACGCUAUGGCCUUCUUCAUCCUUGGGCUUUGACAGUAAGGGAGCUGGAACAGCGGAGCCAUAGAGCUGUAGAGGAAGAAUCUGA